UUUAAAAAGUUUCCCCGCUAGAUUUCGAAGAAUCUUCGUUUUACCAUAGUACUAAUGAUUAUUGUAGCUGUUGGACACCGUAGUUUACCGCAGUUCCAUGUAUCAGUUUUAGUUAUCUAAUUUGUGUUGCUAAAUUAGCAUGUCCUAUGAGUCUUACCACUCCAACCAUCAUGAAUUUAUAAACCGGUUUUUUAAUUUGGACUAUCCAUGGAAUUUCACUUUCGUGUUAUCAAUUUAUAAUUAUAUUAUCUCUUACGGUUGUUUGAUUUUCUAAAUAGGUUCACGCUUUCAUUCGACCAUAAAACAUUACGUGCCAGUCAUUAUUUAUUUUGUAUUUAGUCAUUAUAAAAUAUUUAUCUAAUUAUAAUCAUCUAAGUUGGUCUAUUGUUAUUCAAUGCUCGUUUUCGAAUAACUACAAUUUAUACUUUAUUCCUGUCUAAGUUUUUUAUUACAAUUGGUCGAAAAAAAUAACUGUAUUCAGCAUAAUGGCGUACCAGACCGUAAAAAGUUUUUAUAAAAACAAAAAUAUAUUUUUAACUGGAGGUUCUGGUUUUGUCGGCAUUUCAUACAUAGAAAAAGUACUCAGAAGCAUUCCAGAUAUUGGAAGUAUAUAUAUUAUACUUCGACCACGUAAAGGACAAAGCAUCCAAGAAAGAUUGGAAAUUUUGAAAAACAACUCGGUAUUUGAUAAAUUAAAAACUGAUGAUGGUUUCGAUGUGUUGAUUAAUAAAAUAAAACCAGUAUGUGGAGAUAUAUCCGAAGAAAAGUUAGGACUAUCAGAUGAAGAUUAUAAAAUGUUGUGUGAAAAUGUUAACAUAGUAGUUCAUUGUGCUGCUACAUUAGAUUUUGAAACUGAUCUUAAAACCGCUGUAAUCAUCAACUUAAUGGGUACUAAAAGAAUUGUAGAGUUGUGUAAACAAAUUAAAAAUUUACAAUGUUUACUACAUGUGUCUAGUGCAUAUGUCAAUAGUAAUAAAAAAUAUGCGAUGGAAAAAAUUUAUGAUGCACCAGCUAAUUACAAUGAUAUCAUAAAUUAUGUUCAAACUAUGGACGCUGACAAAUUAAAUGAUGCUACCGAAAAGAUCUUGGGAGAUCACAUAAAUACAUACACAUUUACCAAAGCUUUAGCAGAACAUGUCGUAAAUGAUGCUCGAAAUACUAUUCCAACCUGUAUAGUACGACCAAGCAUGAUUGUUGCUGCCUGGAAGGAACCUAUUGAAGGUUGGACAAUAUCAAAAAAUGGACCUCAAGGCUUCAUAAUGGGUGCAUCUAAAGGAGUAGUUAGACGUUUACCAGUUAACCAGUCUUUGAUAUAUGAUUAUAUACCUGUAGAUGUGGUGAUCAAUACAAUAAUUGCUAGUACAUGGUUUAGUGCUCAGUUCCCCAAUAAUGCACCUAUCGUGGAUGGACAAACUCCUGUAUUUCAUUGUACAACUAGUACAUGUAAUCCAUUUCAUUGGAAAGCUGUAAAGCCCGUGUUAUCAAAUACUUUGCAUAGUUUUCCUAUACGUGGAGCUGUUUGGUAUCCAAAUAUUAAGUUUUUGCCAAAUUUAUAUAUGUAUUGGAUUUCAUCUGCUAUAUUUCAUUUCAUUCCGGGUUACAUAUUAGAUUUUGUUACCAAAAUCUCGGGUGGUAGACCAAUCCUUAUACGGUUACAUACAAAUGUUAAUCGAUCACUUAGUAAACUUGCUCCUUUUAUAUUUAACGAGUGGAAAUUUGAUAAUGCUCGUACACUUAGUUUACAAGAAGAGUUAAGUGUUGAUGAUCGAUCUGUAUUCUAUAUUGAUCCUUCAUCUUUAAAGUGGAUUCCAUAUUUUACCAAUCUUACAUUAGGUGUACGUAAAUAUUUACACAAAGAAAGUGAUAAAACAUUAAAACAGGCAUUGAAAAAGGAUUUUCUUUUAAUGUUUGCAAACAUCAGUGUACAAUUGUUUGUUGUUAUCUUUAUUUGGUAUUUAUCUUCAUUUAUCACUGGAACAUCAUUUUUAUCAAACUAUUGGGCUGCAAUAAUUGUUCUCAUAAUUGGAUACAUUUUUUAAAUUCUUUAAUUACAUUCGAAUAGAAGAUUUUUAAUUUUUUGUUUAAUUCUUAUGGGUUAUGG